AUGUCUUACAAUGAAUUUACAGGCACUUUGCCAUCAAAAUUCUUUGAGAGCAUGCCUUCAAUGAUGGUGGAUGAUGAAGACAAAUCCUCCUUAAAUUAUAUGCACAAUGAUUACGCUUAUUAUUCGGUAACCAUAAUGAAUACAGGACUAGAAAUGAAACUCGUACGGAUCAUCACCAUCUUCAAAGCUGUUGAUUUCUCACACAAUAAGCUUGAUGGAAAUAUUCCAAUAUCCAUUGGAAGACUCAAAGCCCUCGUUGUCCUAAAUUUUUCAGGAAAUGGCUUCACAGGUUCGAUUCCAUUGUCCUUGGUGAAUCUAACUGAGCUCGAGUCCUUGGAUCUAUCACAAAACAAGCUCUCUGGUAAAAUACCUCAACAACUAACGAGCUUGACAUUCUUUGAAGUUUUUGAUGUCUCACAAAACAAGCUAACUGGGAAAAUACCCCGAGGUCAACAGUUUGAAACAUUUUCAAACACUUCGUAUGAGGGAAAUAUUGGAUUGUGUGGUUUGCCGUUGUCAAAGAAAUGUGGGAGCCCUGAAGUAGCAGAAUCACCAUCUUUAUCAUCCUCUUCAAGCCACGAUUUUAAAUACAAACUUGAUGGUUUUGAAUGGGAAGAAGUGUUGAUGGGAUAUGGUUGUGGAGUAGUAAUUGGUUUGGUGAUAGGAAGUUGCACCAUUCGAAGGAAAGAAAAAUGGCUUGAGAGAAUUUUCAAAGUAAAAAUGUGUCAUCAGAAGAACAGAUCAAAUGAGGUUAGGUACCAACAUGGAACAAGAUGA